AUGUCUCUACUAGAAAGUAUCUCCCUCCUCAUCCUACCAACCACCACCCUCUCCUUCCCACUCCACCUCUCCCUUCCCACAACAACUACAACUGCUAUCCCCAAAAUAUACCCAUCGCCCAAGACGCCUACAACCGUCCCACGAAAUCCACUCUCGAUUCCUCCAGCCACUGUUCCAACGCCAUCCCAACGACCCGGAAAACAAGGAUGCACCGGAUACUGCGCGAUCAAAUCGACAGCCGGGUACGGACAGGAGGUUCCCAUUACAGAUGCAUCGUGUCAAUCAGCACGACACGCACUAGAUAGUAAUGGUCAUGCAGAAGACAAAGUACAUUUUGUAAUGACGGAUUGUGAAACGAAUGGGGUGUUGAAGAUGGGUCAGGACCCAACUUCAGAGUAUCCAGGAGUUAGCACCGGGCCUAAGCAAAGGGAGUGA